AUGCUGCCCUUCAUUAACGCUCCUUUCGCCUACGUCGCCGGCGCCCUGGGCUCGUCCCCCGACGAGCUCAAGCUCGUCGGCUCCUUCCUCAUCUCGUACCCUCUUGCCGCCGCCCUCAAGCGCAUCCCCGACUCGAAGCCGUGGCAGAAGAAUGCCUUCAUAAUAUCGGUUUCUCUGUUCUACCUCGUCGGCUUGUUCGACCUCUGGGCCGGCCUUCGCACCCUGUUCAUCAGCUCCGCUGGAGCCUAUGCCAUCGCCAAGUACAUCGAGGGUCCGUUGAUGCCAUGGAUCGGCUUCGUCUUCCUGAUGGGCCAUAUGUCUAUCAAUCACCUCGAUCGCCAGUUCAGGAACGAGCCCCAGAACGUCGACAUCACCGGUGCUCAGAUGGUCUUGAUCAUGAAGCUCACCGCCUUCUGCUGGAACGUCCAUGAUGGCCGCCUGUCCGAGAAGGAGCUGUCCGAUUACCAGAAAGAGCGCGCUCUUCGCGAAUUGCCUCCGGUCCUGGACUAUGUGGGUUACGUGCUGUUCUUCCCCUCGCUGUUCGCCGGUCCCGCUUUCGACUACGUCGACUACCGCCAGUGGUUGACUACCAGCAUGUUUGAGCUCCCGCCCGGCGUUGAUCCCUCCAAGGCUGCCCCGACCCGGAAGAAGCGCAAGAUCCCGCGCAGCGGCACCCCCGCCGCUUGGAAGGCCGCCUACGGUCUGGUCUGGAUCUUUGCCUUCCUCAAGUUCUCUGGUUGGUACAACACCGACCUGCUCCUGGGCGACGAGUACAUGAAGCACAACUUCCUCAAGCGCCUCUACUACCUGCACAUGGUCGGCUUUGCCGCCCGCAUGAAGUACUACGGCGUCUGGCAUUUGACCGAGGGUGCUUGCAUUCUCUCUGGCAUCGGCUACAAGGGCGUCGAUCCCAAGACCGGCCGCGUCAACUGGAAUCGACUCCAAAAUGUGAAGCCUCUGGGCAUCGAGUUAGGCCAAAACACCCAUGCCUAUCUCGGAAACUGGAACAUCAACACCAAUCUUUGGCUGCGGAACUACAUGUACCUGCGUGUAACCCCCAAGGGCAAGAAACCCGGAUUCCGAGCCAGCAUGGCAACCUUUGUCACCUCGGCCUUCUGGCACGGCUUCUAUCCCGGUUACUACAUGAGCUUUGUCCUGGCAAGCUUCCUCCAGACCAUUGCCAAGAACGGCCGCCGCCUCCUCCGCCCCUUCUUCAUGACACCCGACGGCACACGCCCCCUCCCAACCAAGAUGUACUACGACAUCUUCUCCUGGCUAGUCACUCAAAUCGCCUUCUCCUUCACCGUGAUCCCCUUCAUCACCCUCGAGCUCGCCCCGUCCCUCCUGAUCUGGAGCCGCGUCUACUUCGUCACCAUCGGCGGCGUCAUCGUCUCCCUGGCCUUCCUCGCCUCCCCGGGCAAGAAGAUGCUCCAGAAGAAGGUCGCGCAGCGAUCCGCAGGAGCCAAGCCCGCAGCCGGCGCCAAAGACGCCACGCCAGCCUCGACCACGACCUCUUCGCAGAUUCCGACCGCCGACCUCAUCGCCCGCGGGCGCUCGAGCCUCACGGUCGACGACCUGCUCGAAGAGAAGGUGCUCGGCGAGGCGUUGGGCAUGCGCCCCGGCCUGAGCCGCAACCCGUCGACCGAGGGCGGCGGCGGCCGGGUGCCCCUGAUGGGCCUGCCCGACGACCCGGGCCGCGAGCUCGACGAGGCCAUCGAGGAGGUCAAGGCCGAGAUCGCGCGGCGGAAGGCGAGCGGCGAGGGCCCGCCGGGGACGCACGAGGUGCGGGCGUGGCUGGAGGAGAAGGUGAAGGAGUUGAAGAAGCGGAGGGAUUGA